GUGUGAAUCGUCGCCAUCUUUUGUUGAAGAAAAUUUGCUUUUGGCAUAAAGUUACAAGAUUUUUUAUGAUAAUCCUUCUCUUAAUGAUAUUUAAUAAAGAAAAAAUUACAUUUUUGAAACUAAUUAAUAUUGUCAACAUUGUUGUGAGUUAAUUGUACGAAGAUAAAAAGCGAACAAAAUUGUCCACGUCAAACAAUCAUUAGUGUGAUAUGUGAUUUGCAAGAAUUGUGCAAAGUAAGAAGAGAAACAAAGAAAAGAAAAAAAAAGAAAGAAAUAAAUAAGUGCGAGAACUUUUAUAAAAAAAAAAUACAAAAAAUAAAUAAAUAAAAUAGUAAUUGUGUGUUGAAAAAAAGGUCCGUAAUUCGGUUUUUUUCUCCAUUAAGAAAAAGCGAAACACAACAAAAUGUCAGCAAUAAAUCCAGAAUACGACUAUUUGUUCAAAUUACUUUUGAUCGGCGAUUCAGGUGUUGGAAAAUCGUGUCUUUUAUUGAGAUUUGCUGACGACACAUAUACAGAAAGUUACAUCAGUACAAUUGGUGUAGAUUUUAAAAUUAGGACCAUAGAAUUGGAUAAUAAAACCAUUAAGUUGCAAAUUUGGGAUACCGCUGGCCAAGAACGUUUCCGUACUAUAACGUCAUCGUAUUAUCGUGGAGCCCAUGGUAUUAUUGUCGUCUACGAUUGUACGGAUCAGGAAUCCUUUAAUAACGUUAAGCAAUGGCUUGAAGAAAUCGAACGAUAUGCUUGCGAAAAUGUUAACAAAUUACUCGUGGGCAACAAAAGCGAUUUAACUACCAAAAAAGUGGUGGAUCAUACCACAGCUGCCGAGUAUGCAAAUCAAUUAGGCAUUCCAUUCCUAGAGACUUCAGCUAAAAGUGCCACAAAUGUGGAACAGGCGUUCAUGACAAUGGCGGCCGAAAUUAAGAAUCGGGUUGGGCCGCCUUCAAGUGCCACCGAUAAUACAAGCAAAGUUAAAAUCGAUCAAGGUCGUCCAGUGGAGAGUACCAAAUCUGGCUGCUGCUGAAUAAUUUCUCUAAAUGUGUGUGUGAAUCAUUAUUUUAUUAUAUAAUAAAGAAACAAAAAAUGAUAAAUCCAAUUAAAAUAAUAACAA